UGAGUGCUCUCAUAUGUGAGCAAGGGUCUUUGGACCGCGACCAGCAGGCGUAUUCCCAAAACUCCGCGGGCCGCUCCUUGCUGGCCGCAUCUUGUGCUAUAAAAAGCUGAACCGCUGGCCAGCAACUUUCAGUUUCAGUCUCUCGUUUUUCUAAGAGCCCAAACGCUGCGGAUGCCGCUGGCUGGCUGGCUGACUGGCUUCUUCAAAGUGGCCGACGAGGCAGGAGCGAAAUAAAAAUUGGAACAGCUCCGCGAGUGGAGUUUCUGAGUGCGAGGAGCCAUAGAGGAACCGCAGACAGCAUGAGGCUCACGUUGGCCUGGCUCAGCGUCUGCCUGGCGAUUUAUUGCGGCGGUGGCCAUGGCCAUGGCAAUGUGGUCCUAUCUUUGCCACCAUCGCUUAUCGCCUCGGCCACGAAGGCGGCCUUGAGCCACCAACAACGGCAGCAGCAGCAUCAGCAGCAUCAGCAGAAAAAGGAUGCACGCGUCCUGUUUGACAGCCCAAGCGAUGCACUGCGCGAUAUGCUGCACACCGACCCCAUGAAUUCAGCGAAAUUCAGCCUGCCCGACGUGAAUGUGGAUGUGGAGCAGCAGCCGCAGACGUCUGACGAUUUUAAUCGAAACGCAGAUGAUUUAGGGGCCAGGCAAUCAGCGCCGCAGGAAAUGGCCAUGCGAAUGAGACUGGGACUGGGACUGGGACCGGGACCGGGACCGGGACUGGGGCCCAACUAUCGGACCACGCCCCCUCACCGGUAUUGGGGCAAUCGUUGCCAGGGCCGAACUGGUGCAUCGGCAAAGUGUCCGCAGGAAUACUAUCGCACCAUGCUGGCGGCCAGGAACAAAGAGGCUCUGGCUCGCCUCCACUUGCAGCUCAGUUCGAUGCAGGAUUCUGACUCUGAAGUUGGCUCCUCCAAUUCCGAGGAGGAGGUGGACGACGAGGAUCAGAGCAACAAUGAGGUCUUUAUGCUACUGACCGGCGAACAGGAUCUGAUCAAGUUCCUGCACUGGGCCAUGCAGCUUCUGUAUCCCAUUCAGAGUCCUUCGGGCAAUCUGAGUGAUGGCGCCGCCGAUAACUACUACCCCGGAAUGUUUCUCUGGAAGAAGCUGAACCUGUCCGGUCAUUUGGAACCACCACUAAUCGUGGAUGAACCUCAAUACGUGUUAGUAAGAAGGGAGAAACUCUUCGAUGGCUACCAUUUGGGAGAAGAGAUUAGCAAGGAGAGCGACCCAUUUAUACCGCCUCGAGGCCGCAAGCACAACUCGCCGGAUCUGGAUGCCCUGAUGAACCGGUACGAGCCCUUCGUGCCAAAUCGCGGCAAGCGGGACAAGGUCAAGGAUCUGUUCAAGUAUGACGACCUGUUCUAUCCGCACCGCGGCAAGAAGCACCGCAACCUCUUCCAAGUGGACGAUCCCUUCUUCGCCACCCGGGGCAAGAAGCUGCAGCUCCGGGAUCUUUACAAAGCCGACGAUCCAUUCGUUCCGAAUCGCGGCAAGCGGCAACUGACAGGGAAAACCGCGGAGCGGGUGGCGGGAAAUGGAAAAUGGCCAGAGCCUGACAGCGACAACAACUGGCCGCAAAGAAUGUCAACGCAUAAAAUUAAUGGUUACGAUCAAUCAGUCAGGCCAUCACUGUCAAUGGAGGAUGCUGCUUCUUGGCGACUGCCCGCUAAUAGAUUGCACUCGACAAGAUCAAUGUCAGCCGAUCAGCAGCAGCAGCAAUUGCUGUUGCCCCAUGUCCGCCUCAUUGGCAAUCCGAACAUGCGCCAAGUGCAGGUGAAAACAUCAUCUUGGCCGGCAGAAGAACGCCUCCGGAGAUCCAUCCUGCCCCGGGGCGCCCAAAACGAUGCCCACGAGACACAAUUAACGCAAUCGCACGCGGCUAAUCCCCAUUUGGACACCGAUUCCGACAAUUUGAACAUUUAAAUGCGGCGAGCGAUAUUCGGCUUCGGUUUUGGUUUCGGUUUUUUCGGAUUUUCAGUUUUCGGCUUGGGGCACCAUUUUCCUCGACUCAUGUAGACAGAACUAUAUGGCACACAAUAAAGUACAGCAUGCAAUUGAUUUUGAGAGAAAUCGAAUCGAAACGUAGCGAAUUGAAGGUUACGCUGGUCAGUUGCCCUUGGGGACGCCUUUCAAGAACUGCACUGGCAUAAAAUCUAUACGAAAAUGCUUGAUAUUGGGCUUCUUGAAUGGAGAACUUGAGUUGUUGAUAACAUUUUUAUUAUUAGGCUUUCGGUUUACGAAUUAGGUGCUAUUAACAUUGCAAUCACAAUUGCGAUUAUUUAUCUUAUCUUUAAGUUUUUUAUUAAAACA